CUGAGAGGAAGGCAUCGCUGCAUCUCCGCUGCUCAACCUGGCACGAAUUUAAACGGGGCGACCGUUAAACCGAAGCUCGCGUGCGUGGAAAACCAACGGCAUAACUUAUGUAGCGUUAGAGUCGUUCAGCAUGCCUCACGAGACCUGUUUUUCUGCCAGACUGUUCAAUAUGCGGCGGCCGAUAUAACGAAAUUAAUAUUUUUCGUUUUGAAGACAUUUUUACUCUCCUGCGGAGAUUAACGUUAUUUUCUGUGUGCUCUCAUUGACAUUCCCCCUUUAGGCGGGUUUCUUUAACGUAAGGCGAACGGUACUCGCUAUGUGUUUAACGGUGAGGUAACCUAGGUUAGUUAGCGUUAGUUCGUUAGCAACGGUUGAGUCCAAAAAAGUGCACAUAAAUGUCACUGUUUCGGAUUUUGAGUGAUAUAAACGGUGGAUGCGGCGAGGAAGCCCCCUGUGUGUGACCACAGCGGGCUCCGGGAGCGGGGGGCAUGAAGUCUGUCAGCGGUUUAAAGUGGAAUUUGUCGCCGAGCUUUUGGAUUAUUUAUCCCGAGAUGGUUCUGGUUCCAGUGCUGUGGUUUCUAUCGCAGGCUCGAGCGGCGCCCUCGCUAACGGCCGAGCAGAUGGACAUGGGGGUGGAUUGGCUGAGUAAGUUCGGCUACCUCCCACCAGCUGACCCUGUUACUGGGCAGCUGCAGACCAAGGAGGCACUGACCAAGGCCAUUAAAGCCAUGCAGCGGUUUGGAGGGUUGGAGGAGACCGGUGUGCUUGACCAGGCCACCCUUGGCCUAAUGAAGACACCACGUUGUUCACUGCCAGACGUAUCAGCACCAGAGACUGCUACUGGCAGGAGGAGACGGGCACUGGCUCCUCAGAACAAAUGGAACAAGAGACACCUGUCCUGGAGAGUGCGGACAUUUCCUAAGGAGUCUGCUCUGCUGGGGAGGGACACAGUUAGAGCUCUCAUGUACUACGCGCUGAAGGUGUGGAGUGACAUUGCACCAUUAAACUUCCAUGAGGUGGCGGGAAACGAGGCAGACAUCCAGAUCGACUUCACCAAAGCCGACCAUAACGAUGGCUACCCCUUUGAUGGCCCUGGUGGCACCGUGGCCCACGCCUUCUUCCCAGGAGAGCGUUUCACGGCUGGGGACACACACUUCGAUGAUGAUGAGGCCUGGACCUUCAGGUCUCCAGAUUCUCAUGGGAUGGACUUAUUUGCUGUGGCGGUACAUGAAUUUGGCCAUGCCAUAGGGCUUGCCCAUACGUCUGCCAUUGAGUCCAUCAUGCGACCGUACUACCAGGGCCCUGUAGGCGACCCGCUCAAAUACGAUCUCCCUUAUGAAGACAAGGUCAGAGUCUGGCAGCUAUAUGGUGUACGGGACUCGGUCUCUCACACCAUCCGUCCAGAUGACCCCUCACGUACUGCCGACCCACCUGUUCUGCUGGACCUGCCCGAGAAUAGAUCCACCGUGCCACCAGCGCGAGAUGCCCCUGACAGAUGCACUGGUCACUUUGAUGCAGUGGCCCAGAUCCGAGGCGAGGCCUUCUUUUUUAAAGGAAAGUACUUUUGGCGUCUGACGCGAGAGAGGCACCUGGUGUCCUUGAGACCAGCUCAGAUUCACCGUUUUUGGAGGGGUCUGCCAGCCAACCUGGACAGCAUAGAUGCCAUAUAUGAGAGACCUGGAGACCAUAAAAUUGUCUUCUUCAAAGGAGUGAAAUACUGGGUGUUCAAGGACAACAUUGUGGAGGAAGGCUAUCCACGGCCGAUCAGUGAUUUUGGACUGCCCAUGGAGGGUGUGGAUGCUGUCUUUGUCUGGCUGCAUAAUGACAAGACCUAUUUUUUCAAGGACAACCGUUACUGGCGCUAUGACGACCAUCUGCGGCACAUGGACCCGGGCUACCCUAAAGACACUACAUUAUGGAAAGGGAUUCCCGCUCAGCUCGAUGAUGCCAUGCGCUGGUCUGAUAGUGCCUCAUACUUCUUUAAAGGGAAGGAGUACUGGCGGGUUGCUGGCAGUGAUAUGGAGGUAGAGGCUAGUUACCCGCGUCCCAUUGGUAAAGACUGGCUGGUGUGUGCAGACAUGCAGUCGGACUCUCCAGAAACACAGAAUAAUGGGACAGGCGUGCGGCUGCCCGGUCAGCACCCUGUGGACCAUGCAGAGAAUGGCUACGAGGUGUGCUCCUGUACAUCAGACUCAGGCUCGCCUGCUGGGCCGCGACUACAGCUCUCGCCCACCUGGCUGCUUGCGCCACUCUGGACGCUGGCAUGGACGCUCUCAUCUGUCUCGCUCUGAUGAGGGCCAUGCCACAGGCCUGUGCUGACACGGACACACACACACACAGACUGGACACACAGCAGCCUGUGGACUUGGACAGCAGCGAGGAAUGCUGGCCACUGGCCUGAAUGGAAUUGAUACUUCAGUCAGUGAAGGAUUUACCUGCUUACACAGCUUUUUGUUCUGUUUUUUUUGUUUUGUUUUGUUUCUUUUUUUACUAAAACUGGAACUGUUUAUCAUUAUUAUUAUUACUGGUACUAUUAUUAUUAUUCCCAUCAUUGUUGUGUAUUGAAAUUAUUUUGUGUGCCUCAAAACAGGUUCAUUUCAAGCACUUUGCGUGUUGAGUAUAAUAUACUUUAAGAUUUAAUACCUUGAACAUAUUCACCAUAUGAAGUUUGAAGUUUUAUUAAAACUUGUAACGAAGCUGAUUAAUAAUGAUGGUUAUGGUGAUAGUGAUAGUAGUAAUAUUACAAUAGCUCAGGAGGAAAGGCAAAAAAUCUCUGAAUGGGGCUCCCUGCUGUCUGCAGUGUCGAAGUGAGAGGCAUCAUGGGACACCAUGCAUCAGUGGCCUCUCAUCACUCUCAUCACUUCAAGUGCUUUAACUACCCAAUCACUUGGUGUCCAUCACCACUGACCCAGGCCUUUAUCCUCUGGAAGCAUUGACUUUCACUUCUUACUCUGUCCUUCUACUCAUCUUGUAACUCAAUUCUCUUUAUUGUCACUGACUCUCAGAGAACACAGGGCCUCCACCUCAUCGGUACUACACUGUAAAAAAAAAAGUCAUCUCACCUUAAAAUUGUCAGGUAACUGAUUAUGCAGCUUUUCUUGAAUUAACUUAACUUGACGACACUUGUCAACCAGCUCAAAUGGUGUUUUACCUCCAGGCAGUACGGUACAGCAUGGUCUGGUUAAAAAUCCAAACCCAGAAGUACUCGCACCCUGCUUCAGUACACAUGUCCGAACUGUGAAAGUAAGCAAAGAUCUCUUUAGCUUUUGUGGUCACAUAAAUUCAGUGAACACAGCAGUAGCAACAGUGGAGGAGAUUUCUCUAGUUUGUUUUUUACUUGCUGUUUGCCUUAUUUGAGAAUCAUAGACUGGCAAUUUUAGUGUUUUUUUUUUUUUAAAGCAGUCAUCUAACAACGUGUGACAAUUGUGUUUGAUCAGUCAAUACUUUGCACCAUUACUAGCUCUACCCAGCAAGAAAAUGCAGCACAGGUGCUCAAGGGCCAUAUGGUUAAUUUGUAAAUGAGUAAUGUAAUGGAAAUGGAAAAUACAUGAUCACAGAUUUAUAAUUGUACCAUACCCCAAAGCUUGGCGAGGAAAGGCCAAAAUUUCUUGUUUAGUCAUAAAUAAUUCUCCCAUUUUUUAGUUCUGCAUCUCACUUAAAGGUGAACAGUAUAGAAUUUGUUUUUUGCUCAGUUUCUAGCUAGCUGGGACACAAUCCCACCAGGCAGUUUCUUGUAUUGGACUCACAGUUACGGGUGGCUGUGGCAUCGCUGGGGUUAAAGCAUGUGAUCUCUUGCUGUUUGUGGUUUGCACCACAAAGGAGCCUCUGAAGUACACAUUUAAAAAAGUAACAUAGCUGAUCUAAUUUCAUUCAUUUAUUCAUUAUUCAACAUGAGAUAAUAGGUUUACAUAAUAAUGCAAGACACAUAUUACUGUUCUGUUAACUUACUGUAUGAUGUUCAAUUCAAAUUUCAGAUCAGCCAUAAAUAAUUGAAGAGUAAAUUUAAGAUUUAUAGAUGCCACAGCCUCUAUAACUGGCAGCUCAGGCAGAGGAACUGCCUGGAGGAACUGUGGGAUGGAAACCAAGUGGAGAACAUAUUCUGUUUUGUUUACCUGCCUGAGAAAACUUUUGACAAGACUAUGAGUUGGGUGAACUCAGGUUGAGUUAACUCAAGAACAGCUGUGUAAUUAUUAACCUUGUAAUGUAAAGUUCAGCUGACUUUUCAAUGUUUACAGUUUAGUUACUGAUAAAUAUUCAUUUAUGAAUUGUGUAUUUUUGUAAGAAGCAGUAUUUUGGAGCUGAGUCAUUGCAGGCAUGCAUGAUCUUGGAUUCACAAUGCCUUGGUUACCACAGCUAUAAAUGUUUUCCAGCUUUGUUUAUGAAGGGAAUCGAGAUUUUUUUUUUUCUGGUUCCAGUCUUUCUAACUUGUAUUCAGGCAAGAAGACAUUUUUUAGUAAAACAGUUCUGUAUCCUGGAGCGACUAGGAGGAUGUUUGAUUCAGGCACCAUGGGCCUGCUGAGAGUGCACUCACCUCACACUUGGACUUGUUAUGAUUGCUAAAAAUAUUUACUUAUAUACAGUAUAUAUAUAUAAAUAUACAGAUAUAUUUAAGGUGAAAGGUUCCGUGGCAGUUGCAAAAAAAGCAAUGUAAAUCCCAAACUGUCUUUUUUUAUGGGGCAAAUAUUUUUGUAGAAAAAUAAAGAGGAAAAGAAGAGUGAGUGGUGA